UUGGCAUACAGAGGUCCUGUCAGUUGUAGGCGCAGUUUCAAGAAGCCUGCAAAACACAAAUCGAUUGUUUAUUUCAUGUUUGUUUACAUCCACACGGAGAAAUGGCUUCCACUUUGAUUUCUCCUAUGGUGGAUUAUUACAACGACGAAGAGGAACUCGAUAGCGUGGAUGACGAUGAUGACCGAAGUUUCAGGGGAAGAGACUCAGAAGAAGACACAGAAGAUGCAAGUGAGACAGAUCUUGCCAAGCAUGAUGAGGAGGACUAUGUGGAAAUCAAGGAACAAAUGUACCAGGAUAAACUGGCCUCGUUAAAAAGACAGCUGCAGCAGCUGCAGGAAGGCACUCUGCAGGAAUAUCAGAAAAGGAUGAAGAAGUUGGACCAGCAGUACAAAGAGAGACUUCGAAAUGCAGAGUUGUUUCUUCACCUUGAGACAGAACAGGUGGAGAGGAACUACAUAAAAGAAAAGAAGGCAGCGGUGAAGGAGUUUGAUGAUAAAAAAGUUGAACUGAAAGAAAACCUAAUCGCAGAGCUGGAGGAAAAGAAAAAGAUGAUUGAGAAUGAGAAGUUAACAAUGGAGCUAACAGGUGACUCGAUGGAGGUGAAACCCAUCAUGACGAGGAAGCUGAGGAGGCGGCCCAAUGAUCCAGUCCCAAUCCCUGACAAGCGAAGGAAACCGGCACCAGCUCAGCUAAAUUAUUUAUUAACAGAUGAUCAGAUAAUGGAAGACCUAAGAACACUUAAUAAGCUAAAGUCACCGAAACGACCAGUGUCUCCUUCGUCUCCUGAGCACGUCCCCUCCGCUCCCAUGGAGAACCCCUCCCAGCGCUACGAGGCCCGCAUUGAGGAAGGGAAACUUUACUACGAUAAAAGAUGGUACCAUAAGAGUCAAGCCAUUUACCUGGAAUCAAAGGAUAACACAAAGAUUAGCUGUGUCAUCAGCUCAGUUGGGACCAAUGAGAUUUGGGUGAGGAAGACGAGCGACAGUACAAAGAUGAGGAUCUACCUAGGACAGCUGCAGAGAGGAACAUUUGUCAUCCGUCGACGGUCUGCUGCGUGAAAUGUUCCCCGGCUCCGCCCCACCCAACCCCAUCUGCUCAUUUAUCUGUCCUGCUGUUUAACCACCAACUCACUCAGUCAUCCACUCUCUCCCUCGUUGGUGCAUUUUCAGUUUUACCAUGUGGCUUUUAUUUGUACCUAAUAUUUUCAUACACACUACCCCAAUUUUCUUAAUAAAACAUGAAUGCAGAGUUUCA